UCCCCUUGUAGGGGUGGCAGGCGAGUCCCUGCGUGCGGAGGGUGCGGAGGCAGGGGCUGCUGGGCAAAGUGCGCGGGCUGCCGUCCGGGCCACCCACCUCCCUGCCAAAGCCAUGGCUUCCAAACUCCUGCGCGCGGUCAUCCUCGGGCCGCCUGGCUCUGGCAAGGGCACCGUGUGCCAGAGGAUCGCCGAGAACUUUGGCCUCCAGCAUCUUUCCAGCGGUCACUUCUUGCGGGAGAACCUCAACGCCAGCACCGAAGUUGGUCACGAGGCAAAGCAGUACCUGGAAAAAGGUCUUUUGGUUCCAGAUCAUGUGAUCACACGCCUAAUGAUGUCAGAGCUGGAGACGCGGAGUGCCCAACACUGGCUGUUGGAUGGGUUCCCGAGGACCUUAGUGCAGGCAGAAGCCCUGGACAGAAUCUGUGAUGUGGACCUAGUGGUCAGUUUGAAUAUUCCUUUUGAGACACUUAAAGAUCGUCUGAGCCGGCGAUGGAUUCACCCGUCCAGUGGAAGGGUCUAUAACCUGGACUUCAACCCACCUCAAGUGCUGGGGAUUGAUGACAUCACUGGCGAGCCACUGGUCCAACAGGAAGAUGAUAAACCUGAAGCAGUUGCUGCCAGGCUAAGGCGGUAUAAGGAUGCCGCAAAACCAGUCAUCGAACUUUACAAGAGCCGUGGCGUGCUCCAUCAGUUUUCUGGGACGGAGACUAACAGAAUCUGGCCUUACGUUUACACACUUUUCUCAAACAAGAUCACACCUAUUCAAUCCAAAGAAGCGUACUGAGCCUGCAUUGGACGAGCCAAGAAGACCAUUUGUUUGCUCAGUCGUGUGCAGUCUUGGUGCCCUGGCCAAAUUAGAAGCUAGCUGAGAUAGCGUGCAGCAUCUUUUCUAGGUUAAGUGAUGAAGAAAUGGGGAAAAUCUAGUGGGUAGAAAAGAUUCACGAAGAAGGAACCCUCCUGCCUUUUGAUGAGAAGGGGUAGCCCUGCAGGUGCAAGCACCCUUCACGGGAAAGCAAGUAGUACACACUGGAUUUCUACCAGUGUGGAGCCUACACUCUAGCUGGGUUGACAGCCACGUGCUACCAGGGCCUCUUUGCAUGCAAUAGUGGCCUCUCUGGUGCAUCUCACCUUCCACAGGCUGUUAAACCACAGCACUGUAAGCCUGAGAACUUGAAGGCCCGUGGUCCUGGCUUGUCCACUGCCACACCCUCUGAUGACAAUUGAAUUGACACUAAUUGCACUCAGUGGCUGCUUCUUCUCCCCAGUGACUGUUUCUCCCUCGGAUCUCAGACAUCUUAGAUUCUAUUGGCUGUAUCGUCUCUCAU